AUGUCCGAGGUUCAGAACUUUUUCAAUGUGCGUCUCAUAGAGACACGGAGAUGGGGACGGCUUGAACACAGCUGAGGUCCAGCACGCUGCACUGUUGUCAAGACUUUUUCUCUCUUUUUUUUUUUUUUCUUUUCGAGAGAGCAGUGAGGAACUGUGAUUUUGACUUCGCCUUCCAGCCUUGAGAGGAGGGAGAAGUCGAGCGCUACCUCUGCCUACUUCGGAGCUUUAUUUUCGCCGGAUCAAAGUGAAGACAUGCAGGCUCGCUACUCCGUCUCCAGUCCCAACUCCCUGGGAGUCGUGCCGUACAUCAGCAGCGACCCGAGCUACUACCGGGCCGCUGCCGGUGGGGGAUACACGGGGAUGCCUGCACCUAUGAACAUGUACUCUCACGCGGCUCACGACCAAUACCCUGCCAGCAUGGCCCGAGCGUAUGGACCGUACACCCCCCAACCUCAGCCCAAGGAUAUGGUCAAACCCCCCUAUAGCUACAUCGCGCUCAUCACUAUGGCUAUCCAAAACUCGCCUGACAAGAAGGUGACCCUGAAUGGGAUUUACCAAUUUAUCAUGGAGAGGUUUCCAUUUUACCGAGACAACAAGCAGGGCUGGCAGAAUAGCAUCAGACACAAUCUGUCUCUGAAUGAGUGUUUUGUCAAAGUGCCCCGCGACGACAAAAAACCCGGUAAAGGCAGCUACUGGACCCUGGACCCGGACUCUUACAACAUGUUCGAAAACGGGAGCUUCUUGAGGAGGAGGCGGCGGUUCAAAAAGAAGGACGCGCUGAAAGAGAAAGAAGAGCGGCUGCAGAAGGACCUGCCGCCGAGGCAGCAAGGCCGGGAGCAGGAGCAGCCGGUGCAGGGCUCCCAGCCUGUGAGGAUCCAGGAUAUUAAGACUGAGAACGGCACAGUCACGCCACCGCAGGCCGACUCCCCUUCUUUGAGCACCGUGCCCAAGAUCGAGAGCCCGGACAGCAGCAGCAUGUCCAGCGGGAGCCCUCACAGCAUCCCCUCCAGUAGGUCCAUCGGCAUGGACAGCUCCGAGCACCACCAGCACCACGGCCAGGCCUCGACGCAGGGCUUCAGCGUAGACAACAUCAUGACCUCCCUCCGGGGGUCUCCACAGGGGGCCACAGAGCUCACCUCCAGCCUCACCGCCUCCACCAGGACAGGUAUAACACCGUCUUUGUCCCUAAACUAUUCGCCAAGUCAGACAUCUGUCUAUAGUUCACCCUGUAACCAAAACUCCAUCUCCACUACCUCCAACGCAACCUAUCAUUGUAACAUGCAAGCCAUGAGCUUGUACGCCGGGGACAGAUCUAGCCACUUGGCACCGAGCACCACCGUGGACGAAACGUUGCCAGAUUACUCAGUCACAACCACCUCAUCCUCCCUGACCCACGGUAAUCUAAACUCUGGGCAGGAGGGCCACCAUCCCCACCAAGGGAGGCUGACCUCAUGGUACCUCAACCAGGCCGGAGACCUGGGCCAUCUGGGCGCAGCUUACCCAGCACAGCAGCAGAACUUCCACUCCGUCCGAGAGAUGUUUGAAUCCCAGAGAAUUGGCUUGAAUAACUCACCGGUGAAUGGGAAUAACAGCUGUCAGAUGUCGUUCCCACCGAGCCAGUCCAUCUAUCGCACUUCGGGAGCUUUCGUAUAUGACUGCAGCAAGUUCUGACCAAAAAAACAACAACAGCAGCAGCAGCAGCAGCAGCAGCAGCAGCAACAACAACAACAACAACGACAACAACAACGAAAAACGGCUCGAUAUUUUUCUCCUGGUGUUUGAACUCUUUCAGUAAAAUUCAGCGUCCCCCAUCCCCUGUCACCUGCCCACUCCUUAUGGACUAAUAUGAGACAGAAAACAAAAAAACAGAAAAGACUUGAUCUUGGUUUUUCUAAAGAACAGUGUUACUGCAAAUAACACGUAAGUCUCUCUUUGCUUUUGUGGCUUUAUGUGAUAUGUUAAAGGUAUGUCAGUUUUCAUGGACGUGUAAAUUGCAUAUAGUAAUUUAUUUCUAAACUGUAGCCGGAUAUUAUGGACCAAACACCAAAAAGUGUUUCUAAAUUGAACUGCCUUAAUUGUCCAAAA